AUGGAUUUAGCUGAGGAAGUACCGUCUGGGGAUGGAGAAACGGUGGGAUUGGUUAGGCAGUCAUCUUCUACUGCUCUUCCAGUCUUGGACAAGCUUCCGACACAUUUUCCCGGUAUGGUGAGACAGAAGGCGUAUUUUUUCGACGGUCUCGGGAAUUAUUUCGACAAGGACUGGGAUCUUACCGAGGGUGAAGGCAAUGAGUUUUGUUGGUACCAUGUAGAACUACUGAAAGUGAAACAAAAGUGUUCUCUAUCCGCACAAUACCUUAUAGAUGUUCUUUGUCCACCUUUAAACCUCCAAGACAUUCUCUCACUCGUUAGCAAUGGCCCAUUUUGCGGACAUGUCAACGGAGCACUCGUCUUUCGGGUUAAUUCACCUGGCCCUGCUUGCAGUAGUUUUACAUUUAGAAUAGCCGCGAGGAUCACCGAGAAUUCCGUGAUCACCGUGUCCCUGGGACGUGUUCCGAGACUAGGCUUCUCGCCGACAGGUCAAUCUCUUCUCUCGGAGAUUCCUUGUGUGGAAAAUUCAUAUAAUAAUAGAAGAGAGAAGGGAGGGAGUGGGAUUGUUAUUAAAGAACAUGUACUAGAGUUCUUAUUCACAAUGAAUCACUCCGAGGAGGCCGAUAAUCCAGUUCCAAAAUCCAUCUCGAACCUUGUGGUUCACAUCAUCGACACGCACGUCGAUCACCUACAGGAUGUUGUUACGAAACUCGAGAUGGAGCUAGAAGCAGUGGAGCUUGAGUUGGAUAGAGGUGGAUUUGCUUUGAAGAUAGAGAUGCUAGACGAUAGACGAUUCCCCAAAAUGCAUCUAAAUUUGCAACGUCUCCUGCAGGUGAUUGUCCACGGGGUGCAAGUAUUUCCCCUAUUGAAGGAAAAAUGUUGGUCCAAACCAUGGUUUUUAAGCCAAGACAUCAAGUCCCUCGAAGGGCUGAUUGAACGGUUGAGGAGGCUGAAAGAGAACGUCGGAUUUUUAUCGAACCGUGUCACCACGAUUCAGACUGGUUUGGAUACAUGGCAGUCGGAGCAAAUCAACAAAAAACUCUAUUAUCUCUCUUUCCUUUCCAUCGUAUUCCUUCCUUUAUCAGUCAUCACCGGAGUGUUCGGAAUGAAUGUGGGUGGAGUUCCGUGGACCAUGCAGAAUAAGCCCGAAGUAAAAGACGGUUUCAUCAAUGUCAUGAUUCUUUGUGUAGUAGUGUUGCUCUUGGUGCUGCUAUGCUUCCUUUUUCCGCCUCUCUAUACCAAAGUAACGACUUGGUAUAAGAAACGGGACUUCAAAUCAUAUAUGAACAGACGCAGUAUUUUAUGUUAG